AGCACAGAUCAACGAAGCCGGAAAGACCCCGCCGAGUAUGUGUGCAGUAUCCAUGGCUCCCGAGGAUCACAUGCUGGGAGGGAGCUGCUUGCGGAAGUGUGCUUGGGGUUUGGAGAGCGGCGGAGUUAGUUAGUUAGUGCUCGGUCGGAGCCGGUCCAGACAGCCGCUGAUUCUGCCAACACCACAGUCAGGCAGAGACAGCGUUAUCUAUUUGUGAGAGGGGGCAAAGCGACCCCCCAGAUUCGGAGUCACCGCCUCGUUGUUACCCAGCGACAUCCUAUUCAAGCGGGCGGUUGGUUUGGGAAGCUGCGGGCAUUUGAGGUGAACUUAGAGGCUGACGGGACCGGGGACCUGGAGUGGGGAGUUCAGCUCAGGAGCGCAGAGAGAGGGUGUGUGUGUGUGUGUGGUGGUCGGCGGCUGCAAAGCUCCCCCGCACCGACCCUUCACGGCUGUGGCUGUGGCUGGGCAGAGAUGGAUUUACAAGUCGUGCUGGUCUGCCUUCACUGUCUGGCCAUCAGACUGGGACUUGCAGUGGAACUUCAACCCGAUAUGCCCCAUGUGUGUGCAGAGCAGGCACUGGCCAUGAUGGGACACAGACAGCCCUGUGUGCAGGCCUUUACACGAAUGGUUAAAGUGUGGAAACAGGGAUGUACUGCACAUCGGUGGUGUGUUGGAUACGAGAGAAGGACUGGUUACUACACUGCCUAUAGACAGGUGUACAGUAUAGAGCUGCAGACCACCUAUAAGUGCUGCCUCGGAUGGAACCAGCAAAAUGAAGAGCCAGGCUGCUUGCACUCGAUGUGCACGAUCGGCGCUUGUUUCAAUGGAGGCAAAUGUACUGAAGGCAUCUCCCAAGUGUGUCACUGUCCCGAAGGAUUCCAGGGUCCGCGCUGUCAGUACGAUGUGAACGAAUGUGCCAAGGAUAAUGGAGGUUGUCAGGACCAGUGCUGUAACACCAUUGGCAGUUAUUACUGCAAAUGUCCAACGGGACAGAAACUUGCAGCAAAUGGGAAAUAUUGUGAAGAUGUUGAUGAAUGUUCUAUGGUUAAUGGAGGAUGCCAACAACGUUGUAUCAACACCAAAGGAUCCUUUUACUGUGAAUGCGAGCCUGGCUAUAAGAUCCACGCGGACGGUCGCACGUGUAUCACUAUCAACUCGUGUUCCAUGAACAAUGGCGGUUGUGAACAUGAGUGUGUGCAGAUCAGCGAGAACCACUACCAGUGCAAAUGUCGUUGGAACUAUCAGCUGACAGGGGACGGGAAACACUGUGAACUGAAAGACCCAUGUCAGGAGAGAAAUGGUGGCUGUGGCCACAUAUGUCGCAACGAUGCUGGAAUGGCGCAGUGUGAAUGCAAUCCUGGAUAUCGGCUAUCGGUGAAUGGGAAGAGCUGCGAUGACAUUAAUGAGUGCACCACUGGUAUUGCAAUGUGUGCUCAUCAGUGCAUCAAUAUCCUGGGAUCAUUUAGCUGUAUCUGUAAGCCUGGAUUUGAACUGGGUGCCGAUGGGAAACAGUGUUACCGUAUUGAAAUGGAGAUUGUGAACAGCUGUGAGAGGAACAAUGGUGGUUGCUCUCACCAUUGUGAACACAAAACCGCUGGGCCUUCUUGCUUUUGUAAUCAAGGAUACAUCCUGGACUCUGAUGGACACACAUGUCUUGAUUCCAAUGAGUGUGAGACCAACACUGCUUGCUGCGUGCAAGAUUGCAGUAACAAUCCUGGAGGCUACGAGUGCAGCUGCCAUGUAGGGUACCGGCUGAACAUGGAUGGAUGCAGCUGUGAUGAUGUCGAUGAAUGCUCUGCAGACAAUGGCGGCUGUGAGCAUCUAUGUAUAAACAUCCUUGGAUCCUUUCAGUGUGCGUGCCAGGAGCGAUACAAGCUGGAUACAGACAGGAAAAGCUGUACUUCUCUCGAUGAUGAUGAUGAAUUUGAAGGGGAUUUGGAUGGAGAGGAGGGUGACAUAGAACUGGUCAGGUUCCGCAACAUGCUGUUGAGGGUUCCUCCACAACUUCUGCACUACAAGCCCUCACUGACACCCUUGUAUCAGGAGGAUGUGAGGAGUGAACUCAGGCUUGUGCAUAAAAUCGUUUGCUUAGAUAACACCUUUGGCCAUGACUGUAGCCUCAGCUGUGCGGACUGUGGGAACGGAGGCCUCUGCAAUGCAGAAGGAGACGGCUGCAUCUGCCCUGCAGGAUGGGCUGGUCUCAUCUGCAAUGAAACCUGUCCCCAAGGCACCUUUGGGAAGGAGUGCAACGAAAUCUGCAAGUGUCAGAAUGGAGGAUCGUGUGAUGGAGUCACAGGGACAUGCCGUUGCCCUCCUGGAAUUGGUGGAGAAUUUUGUGAAGAUGGUUGUCCAAAAGGAUUCUAUGGAAAAAGCUGCACCAGACGAUGUAGUUGUGCUGGCAAUGGCUACUGUCACCGUCUCUAUGGGGCCUGUUUGUGUGACCCUGGUCUGUACGGUCGCUUCUGCCAUUUGCCAUGUCCCAAGUGGGCCUUUGGACCUGGCUGCUCCAUAGAAUGUCAGUGUGCACAGGAGCAUGCUACUGGCUGUGACCCCCAAAAUGGCACUUGUAUUUGCAGACCAGGCUUCCAUGGCCUUGGAUGUGAAGAAGAUUGCAGGCCUGGUUUCUAUGGUACUGGCUGUAAAUUCCAAUGUGACUGUGCAGCUGGCGUGCUAUGUGACCAAGAGACGGGCGAGUGCAGAUACCAAUGCCCACCAGGGUUCCACGGAAAGGGGUGUCUUUUGAGUUGCGAUUCUGGAAGAUUUGGGAUUAACUGCGGGCAGAGUUGUAACUGUGGAGGGGCCUCUUGCAACUCAAGAACUGGGCAGUGCAUCUGCCCUGCUGGUAAAACGGGACCAAGGUGUGAAAUAGAUUGCCCAGCCGGCCACUGGGGCAUCAACUGCCAGUUCUCUUGUGAAGUCUGUGAAAAUGGAGGUACUUGUAACAAGGAGUUGGGGACGUGUGACUGUCCUGCAGGAUUCACUGGAGCAUUGUGCCAGCUUGCUUGUUCUCCGGGUUACUAUGGGCUGGCUUGUCAGCACCCCUGCCGCUGUGAAAAUGGCGUCCUGUGUCACAGUAUGACUGGAGACUGCAUCUGUGGCCCUGGGUGGAUGGGGCCUGACUGCAAAAUAGUGUGUGCCGUUGGCCGAUGGGGCGAAGGCUGCAGGGAUUUGUGUGACUGUAACAACACUGACGGGAGCUGCGACCCUGUGACGGGCUGCUGUCUGUGUGAGGCCGGGUAUGCGGGGGACCGCUGUGAAUACAAGUGCCCUGCUGGAAGCUACGGUCCAGGAUGUGGCUCCAUCUGCCGGUGCCAAAAUGGAGCAGCUUGCGAUCACGUCAGUGGAGCGUGCACCUGUGCGGCUGGAUGGAUGGGAACAUUCUGUGAAAGGCCCUGCCCUGAUGGCUUUCAUGGCGUUGACUGUCAGCAGGUGUGCAAGUGCAGGAAUGGCGCCGGAUGUGAUCCUGCGACGGGAACGUGCCACUGUCUUCCUGGAUGGCUGGGACCUCAGUGCAACCAAUCCUGUGCUGACCUGCGUUAUGGUGAGGGUUGCAGCCAACGUUGCGACUGCUACAAUAAUGCGACGUGUGAUCGUGUGACCGGCCAGUGCCUCUGCAUUCCUGGAUGGACAGGAGCCAGGUGCCAACAACGAUGCCCAUUGGGGUUCUAUGGAUUGAACUGCCUGCAGUCCUGUAUCUGCAGGGAUUCAGCUGAGUGUGACCCCGUGAGUGGAUCGUGCGGCUGUCCCAAGGGGUGGACUGGUAUCGCCUGUGAGCUGGAGUGUGAAGACGGACGGUUUGGGGAAGGCUGUCAGCAACACUGCAGCUGCAGUAACGGGGGAACCUGCGACCGAUUCAUUGGACGGUGCACUUGCAGACCCGGCUGGGUCGGGGAAAAGUGUCAAACUCCUUGCCCAGCAGGAUAUCAUGGGGAGCACUGCGAGGAAAGAUGCCAGUGCAAAAAUGCUUAUUCCUGUCACCACGAGACAGGGGUUUGCCAGUGUACCCAAGGCUGGCGGGGCAAGAGAUGCGACAAACCAUGCUUGCCCGGUUACUAUGGAGAGGACUGUGGCCAGAGAUGUGAGUGCCUGCCUGGCAUUGCCUGCAACCAUGUCACCGGAGAGUGUGGCUGUUCUGCCGGGUUCACUGGCAACGGUUGUGAAGAGAGUUGUCCUCCAGGCACCUAUGGACAGAAUUGCAACCAGGUGUGCCAGUGCUCAGGAGUGAAUGAAGAGUGCCACCCUGUUACUGGACACUGCACCUGCCUUCCUGGCUACCAUGGGACCAAGUGUGAUCUCCAAUGCCCAGAGGGGACCUAUGGCCCAUACUGCCGAGAGAGAUGUAAGUGUCAAAACGAGGGUCGGUGUGACACUGUGACUGGAACCUGCCACUGUCCUCCUGGAUUUAUUGGAGCCGAUUGCAUGGUUGCUUGUCCAGAAGGUUAUUACGGGAAAGAUUGUAUGAAGCUGUGCGACUGUGGUAAAGAUGGUCAGUGUGACCCUGUGUCAGGAAAAUGUCUGUGUCGGUCGGGAACAGUGGACCCUACGUGCCACACAGGUUGUCUAAAGGGAAGAUUUGGACAAAGCUGUCUGCAGGUUUGCGCUUGUCAGAACAAUGGAGUCUGUAACGCAGAAGAUGGGGCAUGCUCCUGUGGACUCGGGUGGACUGGUGCCCAUUGUGAGGAAGAAUGUCUUGUCGGAAAGUUUGGAGCGAAUUGCCAGCAGGAGUGUUCGUGCUUGAACAGUGGAACCUGUGAUCGGUUUACGGGCACCUGUAAGUGCUUGGAGGGUUUCUACGGUCCUCUGUGUGAAUACAGUUGUCCUCUGGGUUUUUACGGCUUACUCUGUGCACACUCCUGUGAUUGCAGGAAUGGUGCUGCUUGUGAUCCCAGCACAGGCCAUUGCAUCUGCCCACUUGGUUACCAAGGUGACAACUGUGAAGAAGCUUGUCAUGCUGGAUACUUUGGGGAAAGAUGUCAGAAAACCUGCGACUGUGAAGGCAUCAGUUCAUGCAAUCCUGUAACAGGGAGGUGCUUCUGCCCACCGGGUAGAACAGGAGAUCGAUGUGAAACAGAAUGUCGAAUGAACAGAUAUGGACCUAACUGCUCCUUGAUCUGCCACUGUGCAAACAAAGCUUACUGUAACCCUGUUAAUGGAAGUUGUGCAUGUCCAUUCCAAUGGAUGGGGCCAACAUGUGAUGAAGGUGGUCCAGCGCAGCCAGUGACCUCCUAUCGGAGUGUGCAGUCACAAGGGCAUCAUCUGCAGAGAGGGGUUCCUCGCUCAUAGCUUGCUCCGGGAUUUUAUCUUUCGUAGAGCUUGGAUUUGUUUACAUCUGAAGAUUGACACAAAGCAUCAGGAAAUGUUAUGAACUAUGGAGUAACAGACCUGAAUGUAUCUGCACGUCCGUUUCAAUCACCCGAAUGGAAAAUCCAAGGGCGCAUGUUUUAUUUCACAGAUUAUUUGAUAUCCCGCAGCCAUUUUGAUGUUCUGAUUCUAAUCGGGAACAGUUUAAGUUUCAGCAGGGAAUUCUGUGGGGAGAGGCAUGUGAAGAGUUGGUCGGCCUCUGGUGCUUUCAAAUAUUUCUGUAAAUAAGUUUACUAGGUCUACACACAAAGCAACAUUGUAGUAAUUAAUCGCGAGGAGUUAUGGAAGUUUAACUUUAUUGGUACACAUAGGUAACAACAUAUUAGAUUAUCUGGAUGAAAUAAUCCUAAAU